AUGGCAGCAGCGCUGAUAUCGGUGCUGAACGAGGCGGCGGGGGAGUACGUGGAGGGCCUGGACCGCAGCCAGCUGGACUUCUCGGGGGCGCUGACGGGGAAAGUGCUGCUGCGGCACCUGCAGCUGAAGCAAAAAGUGUUCGAAGUGCUGCCGCUGCCUGCAGCAGCAGAGUUCAACUACAUAGGCCUGGUGCAGCUGGACCUGCCGCUGUACGCGCUGGGGACUUCGCCGAUUUUGGCCGAAGUCGGAGACGUGCUGCUGCUGCUGUCGGUGGAGGCCAGCGAGCGGUGGGACGCGGAGGAGUUCCUGCUGCAGUACCAGCAGCAAAAGGCAGCAGCACUUGCUGCAGGCGAGUACAAGGCCCUCUUCUCCUCGCUCGGCGCCUGGCAGGCGGGCCUUUUGGGCACUUUGGAGAAGGCCAGAGCCUCCCCAGGAGACACUCAAAGGUAUUUGCUUUGCUGGCCAGUUAA